AUGGACUUGCCAACUAUUUGCGUCAUGGGCGACACCUCCAGCGGUAAGAGCUCACUGUUAAGCAACCUAUCGCUGGUGGAGCUGCCGUCUUCGCACAAGAUGACCACACGGUGCCCAAUCAUGAUCCACAUGAAACGUUCGGGGACGACGCUAGCUCGAGUCACGGUCCAGUGGCGUUCCCACGAGACGGAACGACCGGACUUUGGCGAACGCAUUCUUUCCGAAAGCCUCUGGGAGAAGAUUCCUGGUAUCAUCUUGGAAGCGCAGCAAUUCGUUUUGACUCACACCGGCAAGGAGGUGGCGCCCGACGUGGUUUCUCUCCAAAUUCAGGCACCCAAUAUGCAAGACCUGACGCUCAUCGAUUUACCGGGGACGGUUCGUUCGAAAGCUCGGGACGAAAGUGAAACAUUGGUGGAAGACGUCGAAGCUUUAAUGGACGAUUACUUGCGGAACAGCCGUUGCGUGAUUCUAGCCGUGGUACCAGCAAACGUAGACUUUCACAAUUCCCAAAUUAUGGCCGACGCCAUGCAGGUUGAUCCACAGACCAUUCGAACCAUCCCCGUCAUCACCAAACCUGACUUGAUCGACGAAGGUGCCGAGAGUGACGUCGUCGACCUUUUGCUAGGGAAGAAAAUGACAUUCAGCCUCGGGUUUCAUAUGGUGAAAGGGCGGGGACAGGCUGCACUCGAUCGAAGCGAGACACUCGAACAGGGUCUGGCGGAAGAGCAAUGUUACUUUGAUACGAAUGAUCCGUGGAAAAGUGUGACGGAUCGGAGCGUCUUUGGGACGCAUCGACUGCGGGCCAAACUAGGGGACUUGCAAAUGGCCAUGAUCCGGCAGUCUGUGCCGAGUAUA